CCACAUAAGCAGAUAUGCUAUUACAUGUUCUAGGGAAAUGAAGUAAAAAAAAAAAAAGAGGUUUGCACAAUUUGUCAUUUGGGUUGUUGCUUCAUUAAUCGCAGGUAAAUUUAUAACUCGAGACUAGAGCAACUUAUAAUUAUAACGAAAACUGUCGAUCAAGUAUGCAGGAGUAUGUUUGUUUUGGCGCCACAUAAGCAGAUAUGCUGGUACAUGUUCUAGGGAAGUGAAGAAAAAAAAGAGGCUUGCACAAUUUGUCAUUUGGGUUGUUGCUUCAUUAAUCGCAGGUGAAUUUCUCACUCGAGACUAGAGCAACUUAUAACGAAAAUUGUCGAUCAAGUAUGCAGCGAUCACCAAAAGCUCGCGAAAAUCAACAAUAUGAGAUGACUUCACUAGAUGGCGCAAGUCUAGAAAUGCAAUGUCCUGGAAAUGCCAACGGUAAAACAAAAGACGCAGAGAAAACUGCAGAGUUUCGCCCAGAAGAAAUGGAUUACGACAAAGGAGUUGGCAAGAUAAUUGCGAAUCACAACAAGGAUUUGCCAAACGGAGAGGAGAACCCAGACGGAGCUUGUCCAGUACCAGAAGUCGUACACGAUUCACUGGAAGUGCAACAACAAAUAGAUGUAUUACGCCGCUUGAUGUGCCUAAUGGCUGUGUUGCUUUUGGUUGUCUUCCUAACAGCCGGAGCCAGCCUAGUUCUAGAUGUAAAAGCGACGCCUGGAACGACCCUGAGCUCGAACCUAGCCAGUUCCUCACAAGGGAGUGAGUCGACUAGAUGUGGAGAAAAUGUGUCAUUCCUAGAGUUGAAAUUGAAGAUUACCGAGCUGGAAAGAGCACUGAACCUCACUGACUCCCACGUUAAAGAACUAAGAACCAAACUGAAGAUGCAAAAGGCAGUGAUCGCAAACUUAACGACACAGAUGAAGGAAAUUACAAAUAUUAAAGAAUACUAUUAUGUUUCACAGGGAUCAAGAUGCAGUCAGUGCACAGGGCCACCAGGCCCCCCAGGCCCCAAAGGACCAAUUGGACCUCGAGGUUCUCAAGGGUCACCAGGGCCCAUGGGACCUAGGGGCUUCAAUGGCACUAAAGGGAAUGCAGGACCAAUGGGCCCUAGAGGCGGAAAUGGAUCUCAUGGCACACCGGGUUCCCCUGGACUCCCAGGACCAAUGGGCCCUAAAGGUGUGAACGAUUCUCAAGGCCCAUCAGGGCUCCCUGGAGUUACAGGACCAAUGGGCCCGCCGGGCAAGGCAUCACAGGGUAGCUCUGGAGCCUGGAAUGGAUCAAGAUGUAGCCAGUGCACAGGGCCGCCAGGCCCCCCAGGCCCCAAAGGACCAAUUGGACCUCGAGGUUCUCAAGGGUCAUCAGGGCCCAUGGGACCUAGGGGCUUCAAUGGCACUAAAGGGAAUGCAGGACCAAUGGGCCCUAGAGGCAUAAACGGAUCUCAUGGAACACCAGGCUCCCCUGGACUCCAAGGACCAAUGGGCCCUAAAGGUGUGAACGGUUCUCAAGGCCCAUCAGGGCUCCCUGGAGUUACAGGACCAAUGGGCCCUCCUGGCAAGGCACCACAG